AUGUCAAAACGGGAGAAAGGUGAUGGCGAACGACUGCAGCGGAAUCGCAGGCGAAGAGCGGCCACUGUGUAUGAUGCUGUUGCCGGUCGCGUUGGUUUGAACGGCUUCUUGGAUCCGGAACAACGAGCAUCGAGUUCUGCUACGCCCUUAGCCCCUGAGGAAUUGCUUUCGAAAACCGCCAGAGGCUCUUGGUUGCGAGCAGAUCAAUACAACGCCGAGGAACUCCGGGGAGAUCUCGAGCAAGAUCUGCCAGACUCAGACCUACUCAAGUCGAUACACGCCUAUGCAUCCGACUUCUACGACAGGGCAAUCACUGACAGAGGCCAGCAUGACUUCACGUCACUGGAUGGUACUGCGCUGAUCGCCAUCGGUUUCCUGCUUGAAGAGGCUACUCGUCAAACACUGGGCGAUAACGGCGAUAUGGUGCUGGUGGAAACACGCAGGCUCGAACCCGACCCAUUCGAAGCGAGCAUAAGCAGGCAUCAAGUCUUUGGCAAAGUCAAACCUCCACCAACGCCACAAGGCAGCGAGUCUAGUGAGACCGAUUCAGAAGGCAUACCAACGAAAAAGAGGCGUACCUGA